AUGGCAACAACAAUCGCGGCGAACGCAACAUCGAAGCGAAACGUCGGUCCGGUCGAUCCGGUGUCUCCGCAGCAACGGAUGCCGGCUCCCGUUGGGCAGCCGGAAGGAAUGAUGGCGCAGGUAGCACCGGCAGCCCCGAUGCUGUCUCAGGGGCCCGCUGCUGGUGCAGGUGUUAGUGGAUACAACGGUUCCACGGGGACGGCCGAACGCGCCGCAGCAAACGCCAAAAAGUUCAAUGCCAAAGCGAACGCCAGUCCGGCGGGUUCCGCCAACCCGUCCCGGAGGAAAGGCAGCGGCAGCGGCCUCGAGGGGGGCCGGUGUGAGAAGCCGUCCGCCCACUCGCUGCUCAACUACCUGUUCUAUCUCAUGUGCAUCGUGGCGCUCGGGGCGACGGUGUACGCGAACCUGCGCCAAGCAUACGUAGAGGAUAAAUUAAGUAGUCUAGUUAGUAUCGAAGAACGGCUCAGUCUGCUCGAGGCUCGGGUGAGCGAUGUAUAUAGAAGAAUCACGCUGCGCAAGGACUCGCCCCGGGGUGAGACGGAGGAGCAGCGGGAGGACGAGGAGACGGUUUCGGAUGUGGUGAGAAAGAUUUCACACCAGAUUGCCGAACUGCCGCGGAUGCGGCGUGACCUGUCAGCGCUCAAGGUAUCCCGCAAGGAUCGACAGGCGGCGGUCCAACAGAUUGGCAACGAGUGCAUGUGUCCACCAGGACCACCAGGACCGCCAGGACCGCCCGGCAAAAGAGGGAAGCGUGGCAAAAAAGGUGACCCCGGUGACCCGGGAGUGGAGGGACCCACCGGUCCUCCCGGUAAAAAUGGGCUGCCGGGAAUCCGAGGACCGAAAGGAGACCGUGGGCUCAUGGGUCCGAUAGGAUUAGAUGGCCCGAAAGGCGAACCGGGCCGACCGGGCGACAAGGGCUCGAAGGGUGAGGCUGGCGCACCCCCGAUAGACGUGUUCCAGACGGUGAAGGGAUUAAAGCGAUCCGUAACGACACUGCGCGGCGGCUCGUUAGGUUAUGCGGAAAUCGUGGCCGUGAAGGGUGAACCGGGAGAGCCGGGACCGCCAGGACCGCCGGGACCGCCGGGAGCUUCGGGUGCGAUCGGACUGGACGGACGCCAGGGGCCGCCGGGUGAUCCGGGCCCGAAGGGCGAACCGGGUCCGCCCGGAGAGAAGGGCCCCGUCGGAAAUCCGGGCACACCGGGACUGCCAGGAACGAAGGGUGAUCGUGGUGAAAAGGGAGAUCGAGGGCUUACGACGCACUUCAAGGGCGACCAGUUCCCGGCCGGCAUCAUCGAGGGACCGCCAGGACCACCUGGACCUCCUGGUCCCCCUGGUGAAAAGGGCGACCCAGGACCGGAAGGACCCCCAGGACCUCAGGGUGAAAAGGGACCCCGCGGCAAACGAGGCAAACGAGGCCCCGGUAAGGAUGACGACUACGAUGAGGCGACCUUGGCUCAGUUCCGUGGGCCCGUAGGACCACCGGGCCCACCGGGACCGCCGGGACGCGACGGAACCAACGGGCUGAAGGGCGAAGCGGGUGAAGUAGGUGCACCGGGAUCGCUUGGACCCCGCGGACUAGACGGAAUGCCAGGCGAACCGGGCAUCGAAGGACCACCUGGACUCCCGGGAUACCAGGGACCGCCGGGAGAGAAGGGAGACCCGGGAGAUAUAGGUCCCCCGGGUCUCAUGGGACCGCCCGGCCUUCCCGGACCACCCGGCUACCCGGGAGUGAAAGGCGACAAGGGUGACCGGGGAGACUCCAAGUUCAGGAAGAUGCGCCGACGACAGGACCAUGGCGAAGGGAUGGCAGAUGAACCGUACCGGGACGUCGUGUAUGGACCACCCGGUCCACCGGGGCCCCCAGGACCCCUAGGCCAUACCGGACCACCCGGUCCCCGAGGGUACGAUGGCAAGAAGGGCGAUCGAGGAGAGAAAGGACAGAAGGGCGACUACGGUCCGAUGGGACUUCCGGGUCCGAUGGGAAUACGGGGAGACUCCGGUCCAGUUGGUCCGGUGGGAAAACCAGGACAUCCGGGACCACCGGGACUGGACGGCAUGAAGGGUGCCCAGGGUGAAACCGGCAUCAAGGGAGAACGCGGUGAUCCAGGACUGCCCGGAACGGAUGGGAUCCCGGGCCAGGAAGGGCCGCGCGGUGAGAAGGGAGGCAAGGGCGAUCCGGGUCCGAUUGGCAAACGGGGUCGGAAAGGGGACCGAGGUGACAAGGGCGACCAGGGCGUACCGGGGUUGGAUGCACCGUGUCCACUCGGAAUGGACGGACUACCGCUGCCGGGAUGCGGAUGGCGGGCACCGAAAGUGUAUCAGGAACCGAUCAUCCCGUCGCCCCCACACAAGGACUACCUGCCGGACGUAACCGGAACCGAGAACGAGAGCGAGUACGUGGAGGAAGAGGACGACGGAGCACCGGAAACCGAGGACUACGAGGAGGAGUACGCGGAAAAUGAAAACGGCAACUGAGCAACUUCGACAACCCGAUAACCAAAGGACCGAACCGAAUCAAAACACAAGCGUAUGGAGCAACAGAGGAAGGACAAAAAGUCACGGUUGAAUCAGUUAAAUUUUACCAACAAACCAUUAACAUUCCACUUUUCGAGGUCCUUUUUGUUCAACAAUUGCGCUUGUAUACUACCCUUCCAUGUUUUUAUUUCGUUUUUUUUCGUUUGUGGUAUUU